GGCGGCGGGAAGCGGCCUCGGCCUGGGGCCCUCGAUGGUUGCUGGCCAGCUCGCCCGAGCAGCGGUGCGGCGCGUGGCCAGCCUCGGCAGCGCGGGGCUGGGCCGGGCCACUCUUUUGCCCGGCGGCCCCGCCGCCGGCGACGUGCCGGGCGCUGGCGCCCUGUCCGCCGUGCGAAGCCGGCCAGUUGGCAGUACCAGUCGCGGAGAUGACGCGGCCCUCAGUGUCAAUGCCUCUGACAAGGUAGCCCCGAUGAAGGGGGUGGUCGCGUCGAUGGCCGUCGCCGCGCUGAUCGAAGACAUCGGGGGCGGCGACGCGAAGACCUGCCGGUCGAAGGAGGCGCAUCUGACGUUGACCUGCCGGUCGAAGGAUGCCAGGCUCCUGACGUUGCGGCGCGACGGGCGCGGCGAACACGGCGGCGAGCAGCUCGACCAGACGGGCGGCAAGGGCGCGCGCCUGGAGGACGCGUCUCCCCACGGGGCCCUCGCGGAGCUACCGGCCAAGCGCGUCGUCGCCGGGGAGAAGGUGUCGACAGAUCUCUUUGGUGGAUCCUGGCCCGCCUUGCAGUGUUUUGUCUGGCUUGAUAUCCAGGGCGCCCUCUAUUGCCUCUUCUCUGAGCUCGUUGCCUUGUUUUGCGUGCGCCUGGUCACUGCUGGACUCGCCAGCCUCGGCGCGCCCGAAGACGUCCCUGUCAAGAGCUGUGCCCCCACAUCCGCGCUGCGCCCGUGGCGCGGGGCCACGCGCGGCGUUGGCGCCAGCACGGUCGCGAGCGUCUCGCCUCCUGGCAGCGCGGCGCCCGCUCGUCGAACAGGCCCGGGGGCCGACGCCGGGCAGCCUCGCGCGAGCGGGUGCGGCGGCCAGGCGGACAGCGUGGCCGGCGCCGCUGGGAGAGCGUCGGCGACCACGAACCAGCGCGCGCACCCGACGAUGCCGCGCGGCUCCAGGGGCCGCUCCGCGAACAUGGGCCCGCGGCUCCAGGCGGCGGCGAAGGUCGACCACGUGGCCGCGGAGUGGAGCCGCCAAACGUUUUUCGACGGCGGCGACACUCAGGGCGGGGGUCGGCUGAGGGCGGCGCUGACACACUACUCUCCACAGCUGCUGGGCCCCAUGGGCGCCCCGCGCGUCGCGCGGCCGCUUAUAGGGUGGAAGCGGCUGGCGCCGCCUCGCAGCCGGCUGCUGCUGCCGCGGGAGGCGACCUGCGCCGUGGCAAACCAGGUGGCGCCCAGCGACGACUCACAUGCGGCGCGGCUGGUGGCGGUGGCGUUCGUGUUCUGCCUUCGUCUGGCGGAGCCGGUGUCUCUCGCCGG